AUGGGCAAAUGCACUGUUAAGUGCAUCUUAUGGCAUUUCGAUAUGGAUGGGAAGUUACAAAACAGGCUCGAUAAUGUGGGUGCGGAGUUGGAAUGGAUUUUAGACCCCUCAAAAAUAUCCCGGAAGGUUCGUUUUAGUGCGGUGAGUCCAAGUGAUAAAAUACUCAAGAAAUGGAAGUAUAGACCUCGAGAAACUCGAUCAAAUAGAUUUCUAGACCGUGUUAAAUUGUGUCCCUAUGAAAAUGUUGUCCUGACCGUUAGGAAGAAUUGUCCAGGGUUCAAUUUACACUCUUAUGAUAACCUCAUUGACAGGUGUAAGAGAAUUCAAGAUGGCACCAGGGAGCAGUGGUUGGAUUGGGAUAACGUGUGGAUCAAUCCAAUUAGUCUUUCUUCCAAAGGUUGGGAUUUUAGCUCUUCGCAAAAUGGGAACUUGGUGUGCAAAUGUGUUACUUGUUCGAAUACACUUUGUUUGCAGUUAAAUUCGGGGUCUCAACUCAAUAAAAGGUAUUGGGAAAAGUACGUUUCCUCGGAGCAUUCGAUUGAUUGUCCCUGGAGGAAGAAUCAAUUUGAUCUUGUCAAUGAGUACUAUUUACAGUCAUGGAAUUUAGUUCGUGAAUUGGAAAGGAUAAGUCGAUCAAGAGUGAGCAAAGAAUCUGCUCUUUUUAGUGGGAAAUUGCAAUCUCUAUUUCAAAUCGACGAUGAGUCCUUAAAGUUAUGUCUGCAAGGUUAUGAAUUAGUGGAGGAAGAUGUAGUGCAGUGCACUGGAUGCCAUAAAAGAGCUUUUACCAAAUCCAUUUUACGAGAUCAAAUUAAUUUUCAUGCUGAAUGGUGUAAAUAUUACAAUUGUGAAAAAUUGGGCGAAAUGAUUGAAAAAUCUGUUGUACUUCCAAUGGAUAAGGACAUUAAUGGUAGAUUAAAGCUGUUGGAAAAUUAUUUCGAAACUAUGUAG